AUGCUUCAGCCGAUUCUAGAUGUCAAAGAGUGCAUUCAAGGGGAGUUGAGUCUUACCUUAUUCGUUGUCGGGGUGGGUGGUGUGGGACAAUCGUCAAGGUCGAUUGGCUCUGUUGAAGACGUUGGAGGUGGUGAUGCGCCUGUUUUUCUCUUCCGCUUGCUUCUCCUUAACGUUGGCUCCACGGUUUUGCUUGGCGAUGCGGCCUUUGUUGCUUUUGGUGAUGCACAAGAGAGCUUCUCCUUGAGAAUGUUGACUGUCUCGGUGAGCUUCUUGAUCACCUCAUCUUGUUUCUUGCACCACCUUUGA